AAUCAGCCUGAGAAACAUGAAGGGUCUUAUCCUUUUGACUUUCGCUUUUAUCCUCUUGCACGGAGCCUUGUCGCAGUUUUCUUGCCCAACUGAUGAUGAUUUUAAUUAUAUCGAUGGAGCUUUUAUCGAUCCAAUAAAUUGUAAUAAUUAUUAUCAUUGUAUCAACGGUACGUUUCACCUAAGGCAGUGUCCUCCCGGUCUUCACUUUACAAUUGCUCAUAAGGAUUGUCAUUUUACUAUGUGUACUUCGCCCGCCGAAUCGAAUUGUCCAAGCUAUAAUCAAUCUGAGGAAAAUGAAGUUAAAUUUUUCAAUGAUUUCGAUGCCAAAGCUUCAGAAGAGUCCUACGAAACUUGUCAACAAAAUGGAACUUUUGCUAAUAAUACGGAUUGUACUCAAUACUUUCAUUGUUUUUCUGAUAGAGUGUAUGCUGAAAAAUGUCCUUCUGGUUUUUUCUUUAAUCCUAGCUUGAAUACUAGGAAUUGCGAUAGAAGGAUAUGUGUUCCGCUUGAAAAUGCCGCAUGUCCAACUGGUGGUUCCUGGAGUUCGUGGUCGAGUUGGAGCCCUUGCGAACCAGAAUGUGGAACUGGUAUCAGAAUACGAGAAAGAAGUUGUAACAAUCCUCCACCAGCCAAUGGCGGUGCAAAAUGCCCUGGAUCGUCAACAGAUAUAGAAGUCUGUCAAAGUAGAAAUUGUACUUUUGGUUCUAGUCCAGCCUUUUUUGUUGGUUAUAGAAAUUCUCCCUUUCUACUUCCUGGAAAAAUGAUAUGGAAUUCUGUUGUAAUUAACAAUAAGGACCUAUAUAAUCCAUCCAAUUCAGAAAUGAAGGUUGAAGAAAAUGGCUUUUAUUACAUGUCGUUAAGUGGAGGAUCAAGCACAGGAAAUGGAUAUCACUCUUCACUACAAGGUACCGGCAGACUAUCGGCACUCUUUAGACAAACUGGAUCAUCUUUUAAUGGAGUGGAUACAUUUUCGAGAAGUGGCAUAUUUUCUCUGAAUAGAUUAUUUAAUCCCUACGCUGAAUUUGAAACUUUUAGCACUCCUAUUUUUAGUAGAGAGGAUGGCUACGAAACAUCUUGGUUAGCUUUUAGAUACGAAUCGAGAAAUUUACUAUUUUGCGGUAGUUCACUUAAUGAAAAUAAUCCAGGAGAUAUCAGAUUGCAAGAAAUAAUCGUUCUAAGAGGGGCUGCACCCGUUCCUAAUUCUUAUUCCUAUAGAGUUGCUGAUAGUGGAUGGUAUUAUAUCAAUAUCGGAACUGGCUUUGAAGCUAGAACAACGUCAGAUGUAGUACUGACUAUUAAUAACGAGCCACAAACUAAUUUCUCAUUAAGCAGAAGCCAAUCGAACAACUUCCAAAAUGACCAAGCGUCAAGGGGUGGAGUCGUUUUCUUGGAAGCAAAUGACGUCAUAGGUCUUCGCUUAUUGUCUGGUGCUAUUAGGUCAACAAAUAAUUUAUAUACGUAUAUGACGGCAAUGAAAUUGAAUACUACGUUUUUCACGCCCGUUCUCUACGUACGCCGUUCUGGGGAUUUUUUUAGCUCAUCUCUAUCAAAUGUUUCAUACGAUGAUGUGGUUUUUAACAAUGGAAAUAUAUGGCAUAGUUCAACCAGCGAAUACGAAAUUGAAUACUCUGGCUUAUAUUUUAUAGAAGUAAACGCUGGAAGCUCACCAAAUACAAGACUUAAUUUAGAAAUUCAUGUCAAUGGACAAAGGAGACUUUCACUAGUACGUACUUCGAAUUUGCAUAAUAACUUUGAUACUAUGUCAAGGUCUGGUCUAUUGAAUUUGAAGGAAAAAGAUAGAGUUCAAAUUAAAGCUACAGAUGGCUUAAAUAGUAAUAAUAGAAGAGUUAUUUCUCUAACAAUGUUUAUCGUAUCAAGUUAAAGAGUUUUAUGAAAAACGAAAUUUUUAAUAGAAUGAAAAUAGAAUUUAUAAACUAUUAAAAUUGUUUAAUAGUGACGAUUUCAGUUUAUUUCUGUUCGUUUUAAGGCGAAAUAUAGAAAAUAUACAAUAUUAUUAAUGGAGACCUAAGACUUUUUAUCUGUAUAUAAUUUCUUUUAUUAAUAUUCUUCAACCUUAUUUACAUAUAUAAUAUUGGAGUGAAGCAUAUUCAGAUUCUCUAAGGGUGAAUGUUGCUUAUUAGACUGACUCUCCUCCUUUAAAAUUGUUAGUUGAUUUAGCCUCUAUAUAUGUUAACUAUACCAUCUUUUUCAUCGUUUUCCUCACUGUUAUUUUAUUCAGAUCAUUCUGACCAAGAUUCUCUUUCAAUUAAUAACUAUUAGGAGAAUUCUGAGACAAGCUACUUCAUCCUUACAACACAAAUACUAUGUAUAAUUGUUUAAGAUGUAAUAUGUAAAGUAAAUAAUAU